UCUCUACUUUGUAUAGAUAAGCACAUUGAUUUUGGCUGAACAUGAGGAUGGAGCUAUAAAACCAUCAUCCUUGAGCGCUGUAGCAGCUGCAGGGGCUCUUAGUGAGGGAAAUUCCAUUUCUAUGUUAUUGGCUGGAGCAGGUCCAUCCCUUCAAGAAGCUGCUUCACAUGCUGCUUCUGUGCAUCCUUUAAUUUCUCAGGUGCUUGUGGCUGACAAUGAUAAGCUAAGGCAUCCUCUUGCUGAACCUUGGGCUGAACUGGUCCAUUUAGUUCAGCAGAAAGAUGGCUACUCACACAUAAUUGCUGCUUCAAGUUCAUUUGGGAAAAACAUCCUUCCACGAGCAGCUGCUCUUUUGGAUGUAUCUCCUAUCACAGAUGUCACUGAAAUUUCUGGACCUCAGUUAUUUGUCAGGCCAAUUUAUGCUGGAAAUGCUCUAUGUACUGUCCGGUACACUGGUGGUGGCCCUUGUAUGCUAACCAUAAGGUCCACUUCAUUUCCGGUGCCCUCGAUUUCAGCUGAUUCAAAAUCUAAUGCGGCUACGAUUUCCCAGGUUGAUCUCUCAACCUUUAGUGAAGAUGCCGAUAGAAAGUCCAGGUAUGUAAAGCAUACAACUCAGGAUACUGAACGCCCUGAUCUGGGAAGUGCUCGCAUAGUAGUCACCGGGGGACGAGGGUUGAAAAGUGCUGAGAACUUCAAAUUAAUAGAGAAACUUGCAGAAAAAAUUGGUGCAGCAGUUGGUGCUACUCGGGCUGCUGUUGAUUCGGGAUAUGUUCCUAAUGAGCUCCAGGUUGGACAGACUGGAAAGAUUGUUGCCCCAGACUUGUAUAUGGCAUUUGGGGUCUCAGGAGCCAUUCAACACUUGGCUGGAAUAAGGGAUUCAAAGGUCAUUGUGGCUGUAAAUAGAGAUGCGGACGCCCCCAUAUUCCAGGUUGCGGAUUAUGGUCUUGUCGCUGAUUUGUUUGAGGUACUGCCUGAGUUGCUGGAGAAGCUUCCUGAAAAAAAGUAGCCAAUUGGUUGAAUUUUCCUUCUACUGAGAAACCACUCAGAAGUAAAUAAGUAAAAGCUCAAAGUUGAACAUACCAAGCAGCUGAGGGGACUCCCCACAGGUGGUUCAUACAUGAGAAUAAUCCUUUGAAGGUGGGAUGAAGAAUUGCAUCUACUGUUCCAUUUGAAACAUUAUUUCUUGGAUUCUUGUUUUGGUUUGUUUCUAUCAUCAAUGAAAUAACUGAUAAAAUAGUUACUUGGAA